AUGUCGCACGCCGAGAUAACCGAGCCCGUCACUCUGAGUCAAAGCCAGUUUGUCAGAGUCGCGGCCGCCGUCUGUCAAAGACAAAGGGAAGCCGUAUUAUUUUCUACGGCGCGAACCGGUUCCAUGACGAUCCCGGACGAGCGGAUGACAAACCGGCAGUCCCUCGACGUGAGCGGUGACCACAAGGCAGGUCUCGCCGACUAUUACGGAGCAUUCUACGCUGAUUCCACGUAG